AUGACAGCAACAUCAUCCAAAGUGGUGGACAUCCACACUCACAUGUACCCUUCCACGUACAUCAAGCUACUAGAAUCUCGCGAUUCAAUCCCACUGAUCCGCCGAUUCCCUGGCGUCAAAGACCCACGAUACGUGAUCUUGGAUGCUGAAGCAAAGCUCCUAGAUGCACAGGAUGGCGACUCGCAGCUCCCAGGGCGCCCGAUAACAUCUCACUAUUCGUCGCUCGAGCAAAAGAUCCAUUUCAUGAACACCCAUAAGAUCGACAUCUCCGUAAUCUCACUUGCAAACCCAUGGCUUGACUUCAUCGCCACCGAUGAAGCAGAGGAGAUGGCCCAAUCGGUCAACCAAGAAUUCUCCCAGAUGUGCGCCCAGCAUCCUGGGCGAUUAUUCUUUUUCGCAACGCUUCCAUUAACAGCGCCUCUUAAUGCACUCCUUUCAUCGAUCGAGCAUCUUAAAACAUUGAAAUACUGCCGAGGUGUCAUUCUCGGAACAUCAGGAUUGGGAAAGGGUCUUGAUGACUCAGACCUGGAACCUGUCUUUGCAGCACUGGCAGCGAACAAGCUGACCAUCUUCCUGCAUCCGCACUACGGUCUCCCUAAUGAGGUCUGGGGCCCUAAGGCAGAUGAAUACGGCCACAUUCUUCCCCUUGCUCUGGGAUUUCCGAUGGAGACUACCAUUGCCGUCGCCCGGAUGUAUCUCGCGGGUGUUUUUGAUAAAUUCGCCGAUCUACGACUCUUGCUUGCCCACAGUGGAGGAACGCUUCCUUUCCUGGCUGGUCGCAUUGAAAGUUGUAUUGUUCAUGAUGGCUAUUGGGUUCGUGAGGGGAAAGCUGGACCUUCGAGAAGGACUAUCUGGGAGGUUCUGAAAACACAGGUGCAUCUGGAUGCCGUGGUUUACUCUGAGGUUGGCUUGCAGGCGGCUAUUGCGGCUAGCGGAGUGGAUCGUUUGAUGUUUGGAACGGAUCACCCGUUUUUCCCACCAUUGAAUAGUGAUGAGCAGGGUGAAUGGGAGAGUAUGACUUGGAAUUUAAAGGCUGUUUGCAAGGCGCUGGGUGAUGGAAGUGAAGAAAACAAAGCUGUGAUGGGGAAUAACGCGAUCCGGGUUCUACGCCUUGAUGAACAGGAUUGA